AUGGACAGAGAACAAGAAGACGUACAGUUUCUGGGCUUCUUUGGGAUCUUCAAGGAGUCGUUGAAGAUCAUAUUUUCAUGGAAGAGAAUCUUCACCCAAAUCACACUAUCCCUCAUACUCCCCCUCUCCUUCAUCUUCCUUGCCCACAUCCAAGUCUCUCAUCUCCUUUUCAUCAAGAUCCUCAAGAACGAAUAUGCCCUCUACUACACCCGAGAGGGCACCAAAAACUACGCUAAUCUCUCCGACACCCUCUCCGCCGAAUGGGCCGCCUUUUGGCUCUUCAAAGUUUUCUACUUCACCUUCCUUCUCGUCCUCUCCCUUCUCUCCACCUCCGCAGCUGUCUACACCGUCGCAUGCAUAUACACCGCCAAGGAGAUCGCCUUCAGGAAGGUCAUGAGCGUUGUCCCCAGGGUCUGGAAGAGGCUUAUCGUCACUUUCUUGUGGAGCUUCGCCCUUGUUUUAGUCUACAACUUCGUUUCUGCAGCGCUGUUCUACCCUUGGGCGCGCUAUUAUGGGCUGAACGGCGGGACUGGAAUUGCGAUUUUCAUUGCUCUUGUGAUCUUGUACUUGAUUGGGUUCAUAUAUAUAAGCAUAGUUUGGCAUCUGGCAAGCGUUAUAUCAGUGUUAGAGAAUUCGUACGGGAUUAAAGCCAUGAUCAAGAGCAGGAGGUUGAUAAAGGGCAAGAUGGGUGCUGCGGUGGCCAUCUUCUUCACGGUUGCUGCUUGUUUCGUAGGAGUUGAGCUGCUGUUUGAGAAUUUUGUUGUGGCGAGCAGUGUGAGUGGACGGAAUAUGGGAAUUAGCAUCCCAGUCGGAAUUGUUUGCCUCUUCUUGCUAUGCACGGUGUUUCUCUUUGGUCUGGUUGUCCAGACUGUUAUCUACUUCGUCUGCAAAUCAUAUCACCAUGAGAGUAUCGACAAGUCCUCGUUGGCGGAUCAUCUGGAGGUUUAUCUUGGGGAGUAUGUUCCUCUCAAGGCCAGGGAUGUCCAAUUAGGUGAAGUUCAUGUCUAG